CCGGGGCGGGCGCGGAGCGAUGGCGGCGCCGGGGCCCGGCGGGGGCUCCUCGGGGGGAGCCUCGGGGGGAGCCCCGGGGCCGCCCCCGGAGCUCCACCCGCGCUGCGGACGCCUCGUGUCGCUGUCCCAGGGCGGGCGCAGCGCCGCCAGGGCACAGCCGGGCCAGGAGUUCAACCACGGGCUGGUGCUGAGCCGGGAACCGCUGAGGCCCGGCCGCGUCUUCACCGUGCGCAUCGAUAGGAAGGUGAAUUCCUGGAGCGGCUCCAUCGAGGUGGGCGUCACCGCCCUGGACCCCGCCGAGCUGGAGUUCCCCAGCAGCGCCACGGGGCUGCGGGGCGGUUCCUGGGUGGUCUCGGGCUGCUCGGUGCUGCGGGACGGGCGCUCCCUGCGCGAGGAUUUCGGGCCGGACCUGGACGCGCUGGCCGAGGGCGACAGCGUGGGCGUGCAGGCCACGGCCGGCGGCGAGCUGCGCCUCUGGGUCAACGGGCGCGACUGCGGCGUGGCGGCCGCCGGCAUCCCCAGCCGCGUCUGGGCCGUGGUGGAUCUGUACGGGAAAUGCACCCAGGUCACCGUGCUGGACACGGAGACGGACGCGGAGACGGACGGACGCGGGGACGGACGCGGGGACGGACGCGGGGCGGACGGAGGAGACGAGGGGACGGCGGCCGCGGAGGGGAUGGGGGCUCUACCCCCGGCCCCACCCCGGGCCCCGCCCCAGCCCCGCCCGGACAAAUUCCCCGACAGCCUGGAGCCAGCAGGGGGCGCCCCGUCCCUGACCAACGAGGCGCUGCUGUUCCACGAGAAGUGCGGGGCCCUCAUCAAACUCAGCAACGGCCACAAAACGGCCGAGAGGCGGCGGCCGCUGGACGAGUUCAACAACGGCGUGGUGCUGACCAACCGGCCCCUCAGGGACGGGGAGAUGUUCGAGAUCCGCAUUGACAAACUGGUGGACAAAUGGUCGGGGUCCAUCGAGAUCGGGGUCACCGCCCACAACCCCAACAGCCUCGAGUACCCGGCCACCAUGACCAACCUGCGCUCAGGGACGAUCAUGAUGAGCGGCUGCGGGAUCCUCACCAACGGCAAAGGGACGCGCCGGGAGUACUGCGAGUUCAGCCUGGACGAGCUGCAGGAGGGGGAUCACAUCGGCCUGACCCGCAAGGCCAACAACGCCCUGCACUUCUACAUCAACGGCGUGGACCAAGGGGUGGCGACCACGCUGACGCCGCAGCUGGUGUACGGCGUUGUGGACCUGUACGGGAUGGCCGUCAAGGUGACAAUCGUGCACAACCACAACCACAGCGACCGCCUGCGCCGCAACAACGCCAUCCUGCGCGCCCUGUCACCCGAGGGGACCCUGGGGACACCGCGACGGCCACCCGGCCCCGCCCCCGCCCUGCCCCCGCCCCCGCGGCUCCUCUUCCACCCCAACUGCGGCCAGAAGGCGGCCGUGGUCAACGAGGGCCGGACGGCGCUGCGGCCACAUGCCACCGAUGACUUUAACCACGGCGUGGUGCUGAGCGCGCGGCCCCUCGGGGACAACGAGCUGUUCCAGGUGCGGCUGGACAAGAUGGUGGACAAGUGGGCGGGGUCCAUCGAGAUCGGCGUCACCACCCACAACCCGGCCUACCUGCAGCUGCCAUCCACCAUGACCAACCUGCGCUCAGGCACGUGGAUGAUGACCGGUAAUGGGGUGAUGCACAACGGCACCACCGUGCUGGACGAGUACGGACACAACCUGGACCGGCUCAAGGCAGGUGACACGGUGGGCGUGGUGCGCAGGGACGAUGGGACCCUGCACUUCUUCGUCAACGGAGCCCCCCAGGGCCCCGCGGCCUGGAACGUUCCGCCCAACGUCUACGCCGUGGUGGACCUGUACGGACAGGCGGCACAGGCCACCAUCGUGGACGAGGGAGAGGUGGCAGCGCUGGUUGGGGACGGCUCCGACGGUGACAGCGUUGGGGACAGCCCCGAGAGCGGCACCCCGGGGACGUCCCCGAGCGACCUCCGCUUCCACCGGCUGCACGGCGCCAACGCCGUCAUCACCAACGGCGGCCGCACCGCGCUGCGCCAGAACUGCCGCUCCGAGUUCAACGACGCCAUCGUCAUCUCCAACCGGGCCCUGAGGGACGGGGAGCUGUUCGAGAUCGUCAUCCAGAAGAUGGUGGAUCGAUGGUCGGGGUCCAUCGAGGCCGGUGUCACCGCCAUCCGCCCCGAGGACCUGGAGUUCCCCAACACCAUGACAGACAUCGACUACGACACCUGGAUGCUCAGUGGCACGGCCAUCAUGCAGGACGGGAACACCAUGAGGAACAAUUACGGCUGUGACCUGGACGCGCUGGGCACGGGCGCCCGGAUCGGGAUGAUGCGCACGGGGGGAGGGGACCUGCGCUACUUCAUCGACGGCGCCGACCAGGGCGUGGCCUGCUCGGGACUGCCACCAGAGGUGUACGCCGUGGUGGAUCUCUAUGGUCAGUGUGUCCAGGUGUCGCUGACCGGCGCCUCCGGCCCCGCUGACAACAGCCUGAACCCGGGGGCGGUGCCGGAGAAAGCCCCGCCCCCCUCACCUGCGCCGGGGCCGUGCCAGCGCUUCCACGGCCGCUGUGGCCAGAACGUGGCUCUGGGGGCCGAGGGCCUGGGGGCCGCGCGCGUGGCCGGCUACUGCCACGGGCUGGUCUUCAGCCGCUCCCACCUGCGCCCAGGAGAGCUCUUCGAGGUGCGGAUCGAGGCCCUGGACGAGCGCUGGGCGGGGUCUCUGCGGGUGGGGCUCACGGCGCUGCCCCCCGGGCAGGGCCCCCCCGGCCCCCCCGCCCUUCCCCCCACCCUGCUGGACCUGCCGGCCCCGCCCACCUGGGCCGUCACCGGCGCCGAGGUUCGGCACAACGGCACCGCGGCCCGGCACAACUACGGGGUCAGCCUGGACAGACUGACGGUUGGGAACAGGUUGGGGAUCCGGCGCGGCGCCGAUGACUCGAUGCACCUGGUGGUGGACGGGCAGGACAUGGGACCCGCGGCCACCGGAGUGGCCAAGAACGCGUUCGUGGCCCUGGACCUGUACGGGCGCGUCACGGCCGUGUCCAUCGUCAGCGCGGGGGGAGGGGCGCCCGCCCCGGGGGGCGGAGCCUCCGACGGCCCCUCCCCCACCCCCUCCCCCACCCCCAGCCCCUCCCCCAGCGAGCCCCUCCCCCACCCCCCCGCCGACGGCGCUGAUUGGGGUCCCCCCACGUUCCUGGGCUGCCAUGGCAAGAACAUCCUGCUGGUCCCCCCACGUUCCUGGGCUGCCACGGGUCCCCCCACGUUCCUGGGCUGCCACGGCAAGAACAUCCUGCUGUCCAACGGGGGCCGCACGGCCGCGCGCGUCUCCAGCUACAACCAGGGCCUGGUGCUCGUGGGGCAGCCCCUCCCCCCAGGACGCCUCUUCCAGGUGCAGAUCGACGCGCUGAACCCCCAGUGGAGCUCCUCGCUGGCCCUGGGGGUCACCGGGGCCCCCCCCGGGCGCUCCCCCCUCCCCGCCUGCGCCCACGGCCUCAAGCGCCCGGCCUGGAUCCUGCAGCGCCGCGGCGUCUUCCACAACGGCAGGAAGAUCCGUGAUCUCCCCGGUCCCAGCCUGGAGCUGCUCCCCGCAGGGACGGUUCUGGGGCUCCUCGUGGACGGCUCCGCGCGGCUCCACCUCUUCAUCAACGGCCGCGACCAGGGCGCCGUGGCCGGGGGGGUGCCCAGCCCCUGCUACGUCCUGCUGGACCUCUACGGGCAGUGCCAGCAGGUGACGAUCGUGGACGGGGGGGGCUCCCCCAGCGGGGACCCCCGGAGCCGGGGGGAUGUGGAGAAAGCCGACGUGGUGGAUGGGGUGAAGGAGAGCCUGUGCUGGGGACCCCCCGCGCCCCCCCAGCCCUGCCCCUACCAGGCCCUGUGUGCCCGGUUCAAGGAUCUGCUGCUGCUGCCAGACGAGUACUUCGCCCCCGAGCCGCGCCGCAGCCGCUGCUUCUGCGAGGGCUGCGAGAGGGGAGGGGGCGACCCCCGGGACCCCCGGGAGCCCCCCCUGCCCCUGGGCUGGUGCCGCUUCAGCCUCCGGCCGAAGCCGCGGCCGGAGGGGGGGGGGUGGCAGAAGUGGCCCCGGGCCUAUCACGGCACCAGCGCCGGCGCCGUGCGGCGCAGCCUCGACCGCGGAGAGCUCGUGCCAGGCCCGUGGUCGCUCCUGAGCGCCCCCUGCAGGCCGGACCCGCCUGGCCCCGCCCACCCGCGCUCAGGCCCCGCCCCCCCGGGCUCCGGGCCACGCCCACCCGGCCCCGCCCCCCUGGUGCUGUCCCCGGCCCUGGGCUACGCGGCCCUGGAGCCGUUCGCCAGCCGCGUCACGUUCCGGGAGCCGGGCUGGCCGCGGCCCCGGGGGGCUCAGGUGGCUUUUGAGGUUUGGGUCCGUCCGGGCUCGUUCCGGGCCGGGCCCCCCUCGCUGAGCCCCCCGCCCGCCCUGGAGCCCCCCCAGGGGCUGGACCCCGGCCAGCUGGAGUGGGUGACCAAGGAGCCGGGGGCCACCGUGCUGGCCGGGCUGCUGGUCCGCGUGGACUGAGCGAAAAACACGGGAAUUCAUCCCAAAAAACGGGCGGAUUCCCGGGAAAAACCCGGGAAUUCCUUCGGAAAAUAUGGGGGAAUUAUUCCCAAAAAAAAUUGUGGGAAUUCUUCCAAAAACGGGGGAAUUCCUUCAAAAAAUGUGGGGGAAUUCUUCCGAAAAUGGGCAAAUUUUUCCGCAAAAAAAUAUGAGGAGAUUUCCUGAAAAAAACUGGGAAUUCCUCCAAAAAAAUUGGGAAAAUUCCUUCAAAAAAUAUGGGAGAAUUUCUCUGAAAAGUGAGGAAUUCUUCCCAAAAAAUGUGGGGGAAUUUCUCUGAAAAUGGGCGAAUUCUUCCCAAAAAAAUUGGGGGAAUUUCUCAGAAAAUGGGGAAAUUAGUCUCAAAAAUAUGGGGGAAUUCUUCCCAAAAAAUGUGGGGGAAUUCUUCCGAAAAUGGGGGAAUUAGUCCCAAAAAAUUGGGGGAAUUUCCUGAAAAAAUAGGGAAUUCUUCCUAAAAAUAUGGGGGAAUUCCUUCAAAAAAUUUGGGAGAAUUCCUCCAAAAAAUAUGAGGAGAUUCCCUGAAAAAACUGGGAAUUCUUCCAAAAAAAUUGGGGGAAUUUUUUCAAAAAAUAUGGGAGAAUUCUUCCGAAAAUGGGGAAAUACUUCCCAAAAAAAUGGGGGAAUUGUUCCAAAAAAUGUGGGGGAAUUUCUCUGAAAAUGGGGGAAUUCUUCCCAAAAAUUUGGGAGAAUUCCUCCAAAAAAUAUGAGGAGAUUCCCCGAAAAAACUGGGAAUUCUUGCAAAAAAAUUGGGGGAAUUCUUCCAAAAAAUAUGGGAGAAUUCUUUCAAAAAUGGGGAAAUUCUUCCCAAAAAAAUUGGGGGAAUUUCUCGGAAAAAUGGGGGAAUUGUUCCAAAAAUUUGGGGGAAUUGUUCCAGAAAACAUUGCAGGAAUUCCUUCAAAAAAUAUGGGAGAGUUCUUCCCAAAAAAUGGGUAAUUUUUCCCCAAAAAUAUGGGGGAAUUUCUCUGAAAAUGGGGAAAUUCUUGGCAAAAAUUCGGGGGAAUUCCUGAAAAAAAUGGGGGAAUUCUUCCAAAAUAAAAAGAGGGAAUUCCUUCAAAAAAUAUGGGAGAAUUCUUCCCAAAAAUGGGAGAAUUCCAUGAAAAAAUGGGGGAAUUCCUGCAAAAAACGAUGGGGGAAUCUCCUCAAAUUAAAAUUGGUGGAAUUCCCUGGAAAAAAAAAAAAAAAUGGGGGAAUUUCUCCCCGGAAAAAAAAAAUAAAAAUUGGGGGGAAUCUCCUCCCCAAAAAUGGGGGAAUCGCCCCAAAAUCGGGGAGG